GGAAUGACCGACGAAGUGGCGAUUGUCACAAAAGCAAAGGAGAACAUAAUGUUUGCCAUGGCAACCCUCUCUAUGGAGGAUCGAGAAAAACUAUCCACUACAAAGAGGGAACUCGUCCAAAAAUGUUCCUUCAAUGGAAAAGCUUGCGAUAUAGAG